UCCGUAUGCUUCAUAUCCAUCCACUGCUUGACAACACUGAUGUUUUACGCACGCGGUAUUAAGGUGCUUUUAAUUUUUUCUUGAUUAUUCGGAAAUUCAUAAUUGAUCGCUUUGUGAUUUUCUAGUGCUUGAACCCGACGAUAAUAUGAUGGGAAUACAUUGGCUGAUAGCGACAUAUAAAGAGUUAACUCUUUUGUACCCAAAAAUACCAAGAAUUCUGGCGUGUGAUGUUACAGAGAAACCAGAAAGUCAUGUCGAAUACGACUUUUCAGUUUACAACAAGAGACGAGAUAUACGCCAUUUUAACUGUGUGCUCCUCAUCAUUGUCGAUUUUUGGAGGCGUCGGAAUCAUUAUCAUUUAUGUUUACUUUAAGGAUCUUCGGACGUGCGGCCGGAAGCUGUUGGUGUAUCUAAGUCUGAUGGACGCCUUGACAGCGUUCGGUAACAUUCUCGGUGUCGUCUGGUUGCUGUGUCGCGCGGGAACCACGUGUUGCAGUGUGUAUGAGAGCAUGGAGUUCUGUCGUCUACACGCGUCUCUCACCAUAUUCUCCAGCAUCAGUUCUUUCCUAUGGAUGGUCAUAAUCGGUGUGAGCUUACUUAAAAGCAUCAUCUGGAAUAUGCCCUCUUUUGCACGGAGAUAUAUGAAAGUUUUCUACAUUAUUGCAUGGCCAAUUCCAGGUUUGGUGGCUGUAGUGACUCUUUCGCUGGGUGUGAUCGGCUACGACAAGAACAUCGCCAGUUGGUGCUGGAUCGACCCGGACACUCCGGCCAUUCUGUUCUGGCAGUUCUUCACAGGGAAGGCGUGGGAGAUGUCCACCUAUCUACUGACCAUCGUCAUGUACUCUGUCGUCAGGGGCUUCCUGUUCAAACAUGCAAACAAAAGCUUGGCGGUGAGUAAGAAGAAGUCCAGAAAGGCUGCGUUACAGGAAGCCAAUCUGAAGUUGACCUUUGUCCCCGUAGUGUUCAUCGUCCUGCGGGUGUGGGGUACUCUCCGCUUCCUCCUGGGGAGCCUGGCUCACUACGACGCCCCCUGGAUCUCUUACCUACAGGGAGUCGGAGAUAGUUCCCAAGGUUUUGCCAACUUUAUCCUGUACUGUGCGCUGACUGACAAAGUCAGGGAGCGGGUAUUUGCCGCCAUCUUUCUCCGGAAACCCAAUCACCACUCGACAGGGGAUAAUUCCCGCCGACUCCGGGCGUCCACUGUGGAGACCCAGCCGUCGUCACACGAGGUCACGCGGACAGAGGAAGUGGUUAACUGACCUACAAUUUAUAUAAUUAAAAAUACAUACAACCAUACCAAUUAAAUUUAAGACAUUAUAUAGUCUUGUAAUGUAUGCACAUGUACUUAUCAAGCUGAAGAAGCAAUUAAAAAACAAACAAAUAAAUAAAUAAAUAAAUAAAUAAAAAGACACAAAGAAAAAUAAAAUCACCAACGUCUCUAAUGGUUCGGGAUCGUGUUAUGAUGGCAUGUUGAUUCUUUUCGACAUUUCUGCCAAAUAGGGUGUGUCUUUCUACCAUUGAUUAUUGUCUCAAGAACACAUUGAGAGCUGUCCUGACAUCUCACAACCCAGUGGCCACACACUCAGUAACCUGCAGCAGCUAGCGGCAAUACCUGAACAAAACAAUCGAGGACUGAUUAAAAUUUUAGAAUUGAUUUGAAAUGACAGCACUUUAUUUUUUUAGAAACGUGACAAAGGGGGGG